UCAAUAACCUGUGGAAUUUAGAAAUACAAGUAGGUCCUGUCCUUGGCAGGCUGUACCACACUCUUGAGGGCGGGCUCUAAAACACACUCGACGAAUUCUCUGUCUGCUUCUGGCAUUCUCUCCUUCUGUUUCCGCAGGUUUGACUGGCUUUUGAGUCCAUCACAAUGGCUGAUCACACUUCUCCUGAUUACUUCAGCUGCUCCUUAUGCCUGAGUCUUCUGAGGGACCCCGUGGCUAUCCCCUGUGGCCACAGUUUCUGUAUGGACUGCAUCAGUGGCUACUGGAAUGAGGCAGACUACACAGGGAUUUACAUUUGUCCCCAGUGUAAGAUCACAUUCACCCAGAGGCCUGUGCUGCGACCCAACGCCACUCUUAGCAUGGUGGCUGAGAAGAUCAAGAAGAGUGGACUGAAUCUCAACCUGACAUCAUCUCAAGGAAACAUCUACGCCGGAUCAAGCGACGUUCCUUGUGACUUCUGCACUGGGAAGAAAUUAAAAGCUGUGAAAUCCUGUCUGAACUGUCUGGCAUCUUACUGUGAGAAGCAUUUGAGGCCUCAUUAUGAAUCAGCCACAUUCAAAAGGCACAAGCUGGUGGAUGAGUUAGGAAACCUGGACAGGAAGAUCUGCCCGCAGCACCAGAAGUCCUUGGAACUCUUCUGUCGAACAGAUCAGAUGUGCAUCUGUGCUAUCUGCACAGUCAGUGAACACAAGGGCCAUGAUAUUGUGUCCGCUGAAGCAGAGAGGGGUGAGAAACAGAAACUCUUGGGAGUCUCACAAGCUGAGAUUAGGCAAAAAUGCCAGGAAAGGGUGAAGGAGCUGGAGGAACUAAAGACUGCUGUGGAUUCACUGAAGAACUCAGCCCAAAGAGCCAUGGUGGAGAGCCAGAAGAUGUUUGAAGACAUGAUACGCUCCAUCGAGAGGAUGAGGGCAGAGGUGACUAAGCUGAUUGGCAUCAAUGAGAAAGCCGCUUUCAACCAGGCUGAGGCUUUGAUCGAGCGCUUGGAGCAAGAGAUCGAUGAACUGAAGAAAAAGGAGUCUGGCCUCAAGCAGCUGUACAGCACCGAAGACCACAUCCACUUUUUGCAGAACUUCAACUACCUCUGCACCCCCACUGAUGAUGGCUUCAUACCAAGAGUGACGGUGAACCCUGACUUCUCCUUUGGGGCUGUCAGGAAAGCUGUGGCUGAGAUUAAAGAACGCCUCGAAGAGUUUGGCAGGGAGGAACUGCUUAAGAUAUCCAAAACAGUGAACGAGGUCCCAGUCUACACAACGGAGAGUCGAACAUUGGACAGAAGGAGCAGAGGCAAAGAAAUGAUGGUGGACAGCGCUCCUCCUCCAGAGCCAAAAGUCAGAGCUGAUUUUGUCAAAUACUUCUGCCAGCUGAAACUGGACCACAGCACAGCCUACAAGGAGCUGUACAUCUCUGAAAACAGCAGAAAAGUCGUCCGCACCAGGGAUCUGCAGCCCUACGGAGACAACCCAGAGAGGUUUGACAGCUUUGCCCAGGUGUUGUGCCGAGAGGGCUUGUCCGGAGGCCGCUUCUACUGGGAGAUCGAGUGGAGUGGGGAGUUCUCCAUUGGCGUGACCUACAAGGGCAUCAGCAGAAAGGGAAAAGGCUCGUUGUGUCUGCUGGGCUACAACGACAAAUCCUGGAGCCUCCUUUGCUCUGAUUCGGGAUACUCAGCCUGGCACAACCGGGUGGACAAAGCUGUCAAUGGACCCCACUCCCCCAGGAUAGGCGUGUAUCUGGAUCACACUGCAGGUGUGCUGGCAUUUUACAGCAUAGGCAGCAGCAUGGCCCUCCUGCACAGGUUUCACACCACAUUUCUUGAGCCCCUCUAUCCCGGAUUUGGAGUUGGAACCUCAGUCAAGAUCUGCCAAAUCAAGUGAACACCGAUAUAAAUAUUCACAUGUUUUUCAUAAUACACAGCAAUGCUCUUGGAAAUAUAUAUUUUUGCAGCAAUGUUUAAACUACACCAAACUGCCUUAAUGGAUCUACUGCAUAUUUUUGAAGGAAAACCUUUUUUUGUGUGUAUUUACAUUUUUUAAGCUCUUCACAUCACAUACUUUAUUAUUUUUUACCACUGUGCUGUCAAAUCACUUUGUAAUCUUAGUUUUCUCAAGCAUUAUUGAAAUUCACAAUUAUUGCAUAAUCACAAGUAAGGUUGAUAUUUGCUUUAUAAUGUUACAUCUCAGUGUAAUAAAUGUCACUAUGAAAAAGUUAAAUCUGUAAAUCUUCUGUGUCCACUUGUACAAUUUUUGCCCCAAACUAUUCCAUCUAAACCAGUGUGGCAUAUUUUAUAUGAUGAUGUAACUAUAGGCAUUUGUUUUUAAUAUGUUGUUCCAGUGUUGCCCAAUAUUAUAAUUACAUAAUUGUUUGAGCUAUCUUACUCUCUGUAAAGGUAUGUGUAACACAGUAAUGGUUGUUUGUUUUAAAGAUUUUAACAGAUUCAGACGAAUAUUUCAAGGUCAUUUCAUUAUGCCAUAUUUUGAUGUUAUCACAUAUCUCUCAUGUCAUUUGCAGGUUCUACAUUUUGGGGCUUUUUUCAUUCACUUCAACUAACUCUUAUUUAAUUUUGUGCAUGUUUACCAACAUACUGGACAGCCAGAGUAUAAUUACUAUUUGAAAAAAAAUAUUUUUGUGACAAAAGUUUGUUUUUGUUCAUAGUUCUAAAUAAAGAACUAAAUAAAUGA